AGGAAAAUACUAUAUUGCAACUGAUGUUGCAACAGGACGUACAAUGAUCAUGCUAAAUAGUCAGUAUAGUCGGACUGUGUUGUAUUAUUGAACUAAGUGUGGUCAAGCUUUACAUCAAGAACAGUGAUGGCGACUAGCGUUCAAGAAAGAUUUACUUUUUUCUGGAGAAAGCAGUCUCCGUUCAGCCAAUGGCAUUCUUCAGAAUUUGAAGUCGAUGGAGUUUCAUUUAACUGUGCUGAGCAGUACAUGAUGUACAGGAAAGCAGUUUUGUUUGGUGAUGAAACUACUGCAAAGAAAAUCCUUGAUACAGUAGAUCCUGCAAAACAAAAGGCUUUGGGGAGGAAAGUACACAACUUUAAUGAUAAAGUGUGGAAAGCAAACUGCUGGGAUAUUGUAAAGACAGGAAAUUUAGCAAAGUUCAGUAACCCCAAACUAAGAGAGGUACUUCUGGCAACUAGGGGGACAAUCUUAGUAGAAGCCAGUCCGGUGGAUACAAUAUGGGGGAUUGGUUUGGCAGCUGAUUCUGAGAGAGCAAAUAAUAGAUCAACAUGGAGAGGCAAGAACUUGUUAGGGUACAUAUUGACAGAAGUCAGGGCAGAGCUACUAAAAGAAGACGGGCAAGAAGACGAGGUCUGGGACCAAAUAAAAGACACAAUCAAGAGACAUUAAAUAUCAGUGCCUCAAGAGUAACAGUACCAUAUGACAUUUCAUUCUGGUGUGAUUAGAGCAUUAGUAUUGUGCAAUAAUUGUAGAGGAGAUCAUUCUUACACCAACUCUGUUCAGGAGUGUUUUUAUAUAUUUGUUUUUCGAUAGUUUCUGUUUGUAUGCAUGGUAAAAGGUUAGGAGACCAUCUUAGUUUCAGCAUAGGAAAUGAUUAUAUAAGAAACAUAUAAAUGUAAAAGACUGUUAACAUCCAAAGGAAAAACCUACUGCUACUCUUUCUUAAAGCUUCACAUUUUUAUGCAGACCUUGUACAUGUUAGUUAUUAAAAUAUGCUGAUCACUGUGUCUGUCCUUACUGAUUCGUAAAAAGGCAUUAUCCUUUGAAUUUCACAUGGUCUUUUAAUUUUAACAAAGUAUCUUUUUAUAAUUUAUUUCAUUAAUUCUCUUUUGUAAAUUUUGUUGCAAUGUCCCCCC